AUGGAUCAACUUAACUACCAAGAACAACAACAAUUUCAAAAGAUCGUUGAACAAAAGCAAAUGGCUGAUUUCAUGAGGCUAUACACAUCUCUUGUGGACAGAUGUUUCAACGAUUGUGUUCAAGACUUCACCUCUGAAUCCUUAACCAGCAGAGAAAGUUCAUGUCUAACCAAAUGUGCUGAAAAAUUUUUGAAGCACUCUGAGAGAGUUGGUACCCGUUUCCAAGAACAGAACCAAAAGUUAAUGAACCAAAUGAGACAAUGA